AUGUCGAGAAUAAUUUAUAACAAUAAUGAAAGUAAUCAAAUACAACCAAUAUCAUCUUUAAUACCAAAUAAGCCACGAUAUCCGAAUAUUGGUUAUAGUCAUAGAAAUAAUAAUAAAUAUAAUAAUCAAUAUAGAAAUUAUAAUAUCAAUCCAAAUAAUAUUUAUAAUAGUAAAUUUUAUCGUCGAAAUUAUAUUAAUCAAAAUUUUCAACAAAAUUAUAGAAAUGUGAAUAGAAGAAAUACAAAUGAUUAUCACGUCAAUUCAUAUUCAUAUGAAAAUAAUCGACGUGGAAGCAUGAUUAGUUCAGUACCGGAACAAAGAAAAUCUGGUAAAAAUCAAAGAAUGAAACGGUCGAUAUCAAGACAACGACAAGGACGUACAAGUAAACCUGGACAAUUACAAUUAAAUGAUUAUAUGCCACCACAAUUACGUGUUACAACAUCAAUAGGAAAUAUUCCAAAUCUUCCAUUAGAUUUUACUUUAACAAAUUUAGAUACAACAAUGAAUGCAAGAUCUAAUCUACCAGGAAAUGUUUUAACACAACGACCAAAUUAUACAACACAAAGAAUAACAACAAAUGAUACAACUCAACCAUUUGUUGUUUCCAAUGAUUUAAAUGAAAAUAAUAAUGAACAACAGUUACAACACAAUAAUAAUCAACAGUUAAAACAUAAUUAUAAUCAACCAGAACGUCCAACAAUUGCGACGACUACGACAACGACAUCUUAUAGACGUCGACAACGUCGGAUUCGUCAACGGCAACAAAGACAAAAUUAUCAUGAUAUAAAUAAUGAAAAUCAUAAUAGAUUUAAUAUAUUAGAAAAAAUAGAUACAUCUACAGAUACUGAAUCAGAUUAUGAAAAUCAAGCAGUUGAUGAUGUUCUUUCUAUAGUAGAUAAUGAUAGUAAUUAUAACAAUGAAAACCAAUCAAGACAACAGAAUAAGUGGAAUCAAAUUAAUAAUAGAAAUAAUGAUAAUAAAAAUAAUGAUAAUUUUAAAAAAAUAAAACAAAAAAUUUAUCUUGAACCUAAUCGAAUAAUGCGAUAUAUGCAAGAUAAUGUAGCAGUUAUUAUGGGUAGUCGUGGUAAUCAAGCAUAUGUAUUAGCUGCAACUCCACUCUAUGAUGAAUGGAUACGAAACAAUUAUGAAUUACAAGUUUGGCAAACAUACCAGAGAAUGGGUAUACAAGAUAAGCAUUGGGCAAAAGAAGUUGUUACACGUACAAAAAAACGUGAUAACAUAAUAAAUAGUCGAUUUAUUCAGAAAAAGAUUAAUCAAUUAACAAAUAAUAUUGCUCAAACCAAUGCUCAAAUUACAAAUCUACAAAUACAAUUAAAUACAUAUUGGACUCAAACAACAGCUGGUACAAUGAAUACAACAAUGACAUCAAAUGCACCAUUAACAACAGCACCAGGAACAAAUACAAAUCGAAUUCGUGAUGCAGUUGAUCGACUAGAAAAAAACAUUGUACAAUAUAUUCAACAUUGUACACAGCAUGUUAAAAGUAUGUCCGAAAACAAAAUACGAUUAGCACGAAUAGAAAUUGAUGAAUAUAAAGCAUUAGAAGAUUUUAAAGAAAUAGCCAACCCAAACCAAUGGAAUAUUCAUUUAAUGUUAAAAUCAAAAAUGAAACAAUGGAGUACAAAAAAUAAAAAUUAUAUUACAGCUGCAAAACGUAUUGAAUAUGAUCUACCCCCAAAAUUUAUUUCAAGUGCUAGUUGUACAUUUAAAAUUGAUGAAUCAAUUGUCAGUAAAGAAGAAGCUCAAAUCUUAUAUGAUCAAAUGCGUCAAUUAACGAAAGAUUAUCGUAUGCAAGCUAUGUCUAUAUAUCUACGAGCAAUGACUCGUGAAAAAGAAAUUUUAAAAAAUGAAAUUGAUAAUAUUAUAAAAGGUUUCAUACAAGAAAAUGCUGAAGAUUUUGAUAUUGAACUAAACUCAAGUUACAUAGCAUUUAAAUAUUAUAAUGAAUUACGUGAGAAACGUUUAAAUCUUGAAGCUCAAAAAGCAGUUUAUUUUUUAGAAGAGCAGCGAGUCGAGGGCGAUCAAAUCGAAGAAGAAGAAACAACGGUUGCCCCGACUCUUACUCCACAAAUUAAGUUAACCGAGGAAGAAAAUGAAUUAUUAAAAUUAGGCCCUCGGUUUAUUUAUAAUGAUCCAAAAACGGCUUCCCGACGACGUAUAACUGAGCUGGCUACAUUAAAGCGCAAAAUUGAAGCACGAUUCUUCGAACAAAAAGUUAGCCCCGGUAAACUAGUUGAAAAAUUUAUAGCCGAAUUGGAUAUUAUAUUAAAAAACUUACAUAAUACAUCUACAAAUAAAUUAAAUCAUAAAAUUAAACAACAAAAUAAUCAAACAAUUACAUGUGAUAAUCUAUUAGAAUCAAUUCAAUUAAAUCAAAAU